AAGCAUUUCACCUGGACACGAGAAGAUCUCACCUGCAACUUGUGGGUCUUAUGUAACCAGCUUUAGUGCAGGACAUUAAAAUCCGGUUUAACGUUUGAAGCCAGACUGUCUGCCAGAUGAACUCAGAAAGGAUGCAAGGGUGACCCAGAGGAUUUUCUUCCACUUGUUAUUGACAAGCUUGAAAUGACACCUCCUAAUAAGGAUUUCAAAAAUCAAGAGAAGCACACUGCUCUGCUGAGGCAGUCCAAUUAGGAUUUGUCAAGCAGUGCUGCCUCCGAAAAAUGGUACAGCUCAACUCAAGUAAUUAAUGGAUGUCAAUCAGCCUCCAAACUAUAAUGUCAGCAAAGGAUGACCAUUGCUAAAUUCUGAAGAGUGCUUUUUUUUUUUUUUUACUUUUGUCCUUUCACUUUACACUUAGAGAGAUGAAUAACAUGUUCACCAUAAAAGCAGAUGUCAUAUUUCACGCUGCAGAUCAUGAAGACUCUGAGCAAUCCAUCGUUACCAAAGGGACUGACAAGGUCAUUCCAAGAGAAGUUAGUGCUUGUGUUUCCGAGACAGAAAUACUGCAACGAUCCUGGGAUAAUGUGGAAUUUGGGAGUGUAACGGAGACUGGAAAUCUGGGAAGGCGUUCCUUAGGGGCGGGAGACUAUCUGCAAGAUGGAAACUCCAGCGAUAGUGGGUUUCAGGAUCAUGUUCAACCAGUGGACGCUAGUGUUAAGAAGCAGAGCGACUCCUCGAGCAAAAAUGGAGUAAAAGAGGAGGCGAACGGAGCCACAGCUGAGAGGCCUUUACUUAGCCUGAGGUCAGAAACCAGAGGGGAAAUGGCUAAAUCUUAUGUUUACGAGACCGAAGUCAUGAGGAGUCCAAGCGUCAUCAGUAAUGUGUCCUCUCUUUCACAGGACUCUUUUUCUGAUUCGAAGGAAAGCAGAUCAUUGGAACAAGCACUGGGCAAUUUAUGUUCAUUACAAGGAACUGCACAUGGACAUUUUACACACGAGUCAGUACGUGACAUAAAGCACAGCGAUAAUGGGGUAAGAAAUUCCGUCUCUGUCAGAGAGAACCCCGAUUUAGUCAUUGAAGUAGGCAGACAGAAGGUCCAAGUACAUAAAUCUGUGCUAGCUGAAAAAAGUGACUAUUUUAAAGCGAGGCUUUCUCGAGACAUUCUGAAAGUGAAGGGUGUAAGCUACAAGACAUUGUCUGUCCUGAUAGAUUAUGUGUACACCUCCAACAUGAACGUGAACAAGGAUAACGUCGUGGAUGUUGUGACCGGUGCGAAAAUCUUACAGAUCCCCUGUGCGGUGCAGGCCGCAAUUGACGCCAUGUCCGCCCAGCUCACGACACAGAACUGCUACGAGAUUCUAACCAUCGCUAAAAAGCAGCGACUAAGUGAACUGAAGGACACAGCAUACCGUUUCAUAAGCGACAACUUCCUGCAGGUACUGAGAGAUCCCGCCGUUUAUGGGCGUCUCACGGGUUCUGAGCGGGACCUGGUUUUGAGAAAUCGUAUGGAGGGACGCAAGUGCCUGAUGGCGGCUGAGAUCAAUGACGUUUUUGAACGAGUGGGCAGCAGACCCCCGAGCAGGGGCAACAGCAGGCCACAGAGUCCUCUCUCCGCUGCCUCGUUUGAAGACAACCACAUGAUCUACUACUACAAUGAGAAUACCAAGGAUUGGCACACUUUGACCGUAAUGCCAGAGGAUAUUAAUACCAAGGGCUGUGGCAUCUGUUGCAUGUAUAACUACCUGUUUGUCGCAGGUGGCAUCCGAGGAUAUGGGGAGAAAGGAAAGGCAUCAGACAAAGUCUUCUGCUACAAUCCCAUAACAGACCGCUGGAGCGAGAUACGGCCCAUGAACCAAGCAAGGUCACAACUCAAAUUAGUGUCCAUGGAUGGUUUUUUGUAUGCCAUUGGUGGGGAAUGCCUCUUCACAGUGGAGAAGUAUGACCCUCGUAUGGAUCGUUGGACCACCGUGGCUCCGCUACCCAAAGGAGCCUUUGCAGUUGCCCAUGAGGCUACCACCUGCAACGGAGAGCUGUAUGUAUCGGGAGGAACUCUAUUCUACCGCCUCUUGAAGUACGACCCCAAGAGGGACGAGUGGCAAGAAUGCCCGUACAACAACAGCAGGAAGAAAUCCACCGACAUGGUUGCGCUAAAGAGCUUCAUCUACAGGUUCGAUGUCAACCGUGAACAAGGCAUCAAUGUAUUUAAGUACAACACCAUAGUCAAGAUGUGGCACGACUGCGCUUCCUAUCAGCAAGGGUGUCCGCUGCCGUUCAGGUGUGCUGUGAUUGGAAAUUGCAUCUACUGUGUCAACAAGACCCAGAAUCUGCAAUUUAUGGUGGAGGAAGAAGGUGCUCGAUUUGCAGAAGAGCCUCUGAAAGCUCCCACGGAGGCUAAAGGAGUAUUAUUCCCAUUUGUUCUGACCUUGCCGGACAGGAGUGAUCGAAGUGUGUGAGUAGGGUCUUUUCGGGGAGAAAAACUUGAGUAGAAAUGUGUAAGAAGCAUGGUCAAUGAUUGUGGAAAAAAGAACGCUUUAAUUCUUGCCCAGUUAAACUGCUCGUAACAGGAAUGUUUCUCUUUGCAUGGUGGAUGGACAUCCAUGGGAUGCCUUAAAAGGACAGCUCUUUUCUUUUAAUGUUGUGGCACAGUGGCAUUACUUUACAUUUUAUAUAUACCUGGAUGCAUUUCUCCAUUUGUUUUGUGCACUUUUGUCCUUGGAUGGUUGGACAGAAAUUAUGUCAGCAAAAAACCCCCAGAUUUAACCAAUGUUAUAAAAUGGCCACAAAAAGCACAACAAAAAUAUAACUGCAAAUAAAAUAAAGCAGUCUAAGUAGAAUUAAGUUUAUUAAAGUGGAGCUAGAUAUAACUUAAUGAUAUCAAAGACGUGAAUAUAGCACAGAACGCUAAAAUAUAACUGCAAUAGGUUUAGGUAACGUGAACCUUUUGAGCACAUGCCUUUGACUUGAAACAAAGCCGUUGAACGAGGAAAAGUUACGCUAACGUAACUUGGCUGUUCGCUGUUUAAGAGCACAAAGCACUUGACUGUUCUCUUACUUUGGCAGCACUCAGUAAGGAUACAGAAAUGACACUUGAGGAAAGUCUGAAUGUAUACGUGUACAAACUUUUAAUUAGCUUUUAAUUCGAUACUAACGAAGACUUGAUAAACAGCAGGUGACCUGAGAUUCAAGCCAGUGAUUUUGAAUUGCAGGAAAACUCGUACUGAUGAUAUAUUGCCCGUUGGUGGGUUGUUCAUGCUUCCCUUAAUUCAGUGGUUAUCAAAGAGGGGUCCUGCCCCCUGGAAUCUGUGAAGCAUUGCCUAGGGGUCUAUGAUUUAAAAAAAAAAAUUGUAUUGCAGUGGUGGAAAUCACAAUCCACUAGCAUCAGUGCUAUUAUAUUUAUGACUGCAUUCUCAAUGUUAUUAACUGGUUUGACUGACCACUCGACUUGAAUAGGUUUCAAACCCUCAUUAAUUUGGUUUAUAAUUAAUGCCUACUGGAUGUCUAUCUAAUGUCAGAGUCCAGUAAUAAAAAAAAACUCUAUGGCUCCAAAUAAAUAGUAAUCAAUAUUACUGUACACAAUUAGAUAAUGUGUGAUAUUUGAAUGGUUGAAUUUUGGUCCAUAAAAUAAAUCUGUGCUGAGGGCAUCUGUGGAAUUUUUGUUACAGUUAAAGCAGGGUGCAAAACAAAAAGUUUGAGAGCCCCUGCCUUAAUUACAGUAUGGUAGUGCUGAGAAAAUAGCACAGAAAAAAAAAUACUCCUUGUCCGUCCAUCCAUCCUUUUUCUAUACCGCUUAUCCUAUAGGGUCACGGGGAACCUGGAGCCUACCCCAGAGCACAUCGGGCACAAGGCGGGGUACACCCUGGAUGGGGUGCCAAUACUUCACAGGGAACAAUCACAUACAAUUUCACAUUCACACACCCAUUCAUACACUACGGACACUUUGGAAAAACCAAUCAGCCUACCGUGCAUGUCUUUGGACUGCUGGAGGAAACCGGAGUACCCGGAUGGAACCCCCGCAGUACGGCGAGAACAUUCAAACUCCGCACACACAGUGCAGCGGCGGGAAUCGAACCCCCAACUCUGGCGGUGUGAGGCGAACGUCCCACUGUGCGUCCUAACACCCCUUGUGGUAAAUAAAUAAUAAAAUAACCGAAGCAUUGCCAAAGACAAGCAGGCUGAUUGUCUAGGUUCGAGUCUGAAGCACAUUUCUCUGAGCGUUGCUGAUUUGAUCUCACUAUUUGAGAGAAAUGUGACACUCGUGAAAAAGAGCCAAAUUAACUCCGCAGCACUUGAUAAGUGGAGAGCACAUAUAAUUCUUUUAUCCCGAUAAAUGAUUAGACCACAUAAUAAUUCCUUCUUCAAUGCCACCUGUUGUUACUGGUUUCAUAGAAACAACAAUAUUUUGCACUUUCUGAUGACUAUUUCCAGUUUGCAAUAAGAUGCUAGAUUUAAUCGGGAGAUUAGUGAUGCGUGUGUGUGUGUGUGUGUGUGUGUGUGUGUGCGCUGUUAGCAUGGAGGUAAACUCAAACUAAUCCCAAUCCCAAUCUGCUGCUGCAUUUUGUGAAAUUUACAAAAUACUGGAACAUUACUUGUAGUGUAAUUCAAAGUAAUUCCAAUAUUUUAAUAAUUAAGUUGAUGCUUACAUCUGUCCAUACAUAGUAUUGCAUUAUUUUUCAAAUGUUGUGACCAGUUCAAAAUAGUUUGAAAUAGAGCCAUAUAACUCAAUGUCACUAUGCUCGUUCUCGAUGUGUGAUUUAUGGUUAUUAUAAAUAAAGACGUUUUGUGCAAAUGUGCCUUGUUCUACAUCAUAACUAACAACUAUAAUAAAAUAUUUGAAUUAGCCAUAGAACUGCCAAGAUUUUAUUACCUCCUUGACCAAAUCCUAAUUUGUUUCACUCAGUUGAUCCACAAGCAUAUAAACAAGCAUAUAUUUUGAGAAACCCUCAAAUGUAACUGAAAUCUAUCUGAACAUCUUGUUUGCUUGCUUUAUUGUUGCAUUGCCAUAUUCAGUCUGUAACACCUGUAUGUCUCUAACACAAUUUAAACUCUCCGAUGAUGAUUUUGACUGACUUGAUUUCGCUUGAUUAGAGAAAGAAGUACUGAUCAGCCGUAACAUUAAAACCGCCUGCCUAAUAUUGUGUAGGUCCCCAUUAUUCCUCCGAAACAGCUCUGACCCGUCGAGGCAUGUACUCGACAAGACCUCUGAAGGUGUGCUGUGGUAUCUGGCACCAAGACGUUAGCAGCAGAUCCUUUAAGUCCUUUAAGUUGCGAGAUGGAGCCUACAUGGUUCAGGCUUGUUUGUCUAGCACAUCCCACAGAUGCUCAAUCCAACCGUUCCUGAACAGUUUUUGCAGUGUGUCAGGGUGCAUUAUCCUGCUGAAAGAGGCCACUGCCAUUAGGGAAUGGCGUUGCCAUGAAGGGGUGUACUUGGUCUGGAACAAUGUUUAGGUAGGUGGUACAUGUCAAAGUAACAUCCACAUGAAUGCCAGGACGAAAGGAUUCCCAGCAGAACAUUGCCCAGAGCAUCACACUUCCUCCACCGGCUCGCCCUCUUCCCAUAUUGCAUCCUCGUGCCAUCACUUCCCCAGGUAAGCGAUACACACGCAUCCGCCCAUCCGACCAGGCCACCUUCUUCCAUUGCUCCAUGGUCCAGUUCUGAUGAUCACGUGCCCAUUGUAGGUGCUUUCGGUAGUGGACAGGGGUCAGCAUGGGCACUCUGACCGGUCUGCGGCUACACAGACCCAUACGCACGAAGCUGCAAUACAUUGUGUGUUCUGACUAUUAUAGGCAGCAUUAACUUUUAACAGAUCCUCACGCUUGCCCGUUUGUUCUUCUUCCAACACAUCAACACUGAGAACUGACUGUUCACGUGCAGCCUAAUAAAUAUAUCCCACAAUGUAAUCGAUAUAAUUCACUUCACCUGUCAGUGGUUUUAAUGUUAUGGCUGAUCGGUGUACAGUAUAACAGGAAAAAAAAAAUCAUCAAAUCCCCCAAUUGUUGUUUCUUUCUAUGGGAUAAAAUUUCCAACUGUAUGAUUUAUUAUGACCAUAUUAUGGUCAGUAUUUGCCACCUUGUCAUUAUAAGAUGAAAAAAAGAGAGUGAUUAUGAUGAAAAGUUGUGCUUGAACCGAAGAAAAGAAUGAAAUGCAUUUUAAACUGUUUUUUUAAAGUCAAGGGUAAGGCAGAUAUUUAUUUCAUUACUUAUUAACCACACGUGGCUUCUGUGCAAAUCUAAAGACGCUCACUUCAGACAUCAAACGUGUCUUGGCUGAUCAAUUACACUACAAAGUACAAACAAGUUGUUUUUUUUGUUAUUGACAUUAGUUUAAGAUUAUGUGCCAGAGAGAGCUAUUGCUUGGCUCUUAACAAAAACAUUAAGCUUAAGUGGCUCAGUAGUAUGGCUGGACUGGAACCUUCUAAGUUGUUUUGGAUUAAAUAAUAUGCCAAAUGAAUGACUGUCUGACCGUGUGUAAAUUAUCUAAAUGGUCCGGAUGAGUUAGCAGGCUUUAUUGUGUUGGUGGACCGUGAUGCUGAUGUGCUUUGGAUAUGAUAAAUGAUGGCUUUAACUUUUCUGUGGCAGUUGAACAAAUAUGCCUGAAAUAAAAUUUUGUUUUUUUUCAGUU